AUGCGAUCUGCUAAAGCAGUCGUGUCAGAAAACCUGUCGCGCCUCGGGUCUGCAGCUUCCACUAUGUCUGGAACAGCAAACGGUGCCUCUCGGUCGUCUCCCUACACAAUUACCGCGCUCAAGCGAUGGUCGGUUGGGACGAAAGACCUCCCAGCUGUCUCUCACAUCCGAGCGAUCCAUGUCUAUGACUUUGACAAUACAUUGUUCCUCAGUCCCCUACCCAACCCACAACUGUGGAAUGGCAGCACAAUCGGCUUCCUCCAGGCAUACGAGAGCUUCGCCAAUGGCGGGUGGUGGCAUGAUCCGAACAUUCUUUCGGCCACCGGCAAGGGUAUGGAUGUCGAAGAGCCGCGUGGAUGGGAAGGGUGGUGGAAUGAACAUAUUUUACGCUUGGUUACACUCAGCAUGGAACAAAAAGACGCCCUCACUGUGCUCCUGACUGGUAGGAGUGAAGCCGGUUUUGUGGAAAUUAUCAAAAGAAUGGCAGCCAGUCGAAACCUUGAUUUUGACCUGAUUGGCCUCAAGCCAGAGGUCGGUCCCAGUGGCCAGCGCUUCCCAUCAACUAUGAAUUUUAAGCAGAACUUCCUCGAAGACUUGGUCCUUACUUAUGACCAGGCGGAAGAAAUUCGCGUCUACGAGGAUCGCGUCAAACAUGUGAAAGGGUUUCGAGAUUUCUUUGAGGGCCAAAACAGAAAAUUCCAAUCUGCGCAGGCCCCUGUCGCACGGCGGCCGAUCAAUGCUGAAGUCAUCCAGGUAACUGAGGGAUGCACCUUCCUCGAUCCCGUAAUUGAAGCUGCCGAGGUCCAGCGCAUGAUCAACUCGCAUAAUCUCACCGUGCGCAACCCUUCCUUGAACCGGAACAAGUCUUCGCAGGGCCGAUUGCGCAUCAAGCGCACUGUCUUCUACACUGCAUACUUGGUUUCCCAACACGACUCGAGCCGCUUGACGCAAGACUUGUUGAGCCCCAUAUUACCUUCUGGGCUUGCUGAUUCGAAUGACCUGAAGUACAUGGCUAACAGCAUCAUGAUCACUCCUCGACCUGCCCCCAAGUCCAUCUUGGAGAAGGCCGGCGGAAUGGGAAAGAAACUAAGCUGGCAGGUUACUGGAACUGCGUCCUUUGAGAACAAAGUGUGGGCCGCUCGCGUGGCGCCAAUCCUGCCCACAGAAAAGUAUUACACAGAAAACCCUCUGCCUUUGGUAGUUUUGGCUGUGCGCAAAGGCGCCCGCCCCUUCGAUGCAGGGAAGAUUCAGAACUGGCACCCUGUUCCGGCCGAAAAGGCCAUGACCAUUGAGACUGUCAUUGGGGAGAAGGCGGUUCUGCGAGUUGAGGAAGACAACCCCCAUGAAGGGGAGUGGGAAAGCCAAUUUGUGAACAAGGGUCACAAGAGGCGCUACCAGCAGGAACGGGAUGAGGAGAUUCUGUAUCCUCAGACGAACCAGAGUGGUGGCUACGAAGCGCCACCCCGUGGACGUGGCCACAACUUCCAUCCCUAUCAUCGUCACGCAGGGGACAAUCGGUCCCACUAUGAUGAUACCUUUCGCCGAGGGUCUCACCGCGGUCGUGGUCGCGGGAACAACCGGGGACGUGGCUAUUCCAACCGGGGAGCUCGUGGGCGUGGUCGUGGUCGUGAUGGCCCCUCGCAGCCGGGCUAUAGGUCCUGGGAUGAUUACGGCAGUGGAUACGAUGGAUCGCACGACGAAAAGGGCAGCGGUGGCGGCGGCGAUGGAUACUCAAUGAACUAUUGA